GUAAUGUCAGAAUAUGUAUUUGAGUCACUGGAAAAGACGUUGGAAACUCAUAUACCAGAUGCAGAACUCAAAGAGAUUAAACGCAUUUUAUACGGAAAAGAACUGAGGAAAAUUAUCCUACCCCAGACUGCACUGGAUGCAGCAUUGGAGAGGGAUUUUGAUCUGCAGGGUUAUGCCUUUGAGGCAGCACCAGAGCAGCUCAGGGCACCUAGAGUUGUGCGGGUGGGACUCAUCCAGAACAAGAUCAUUCUUCCCACUGAUGCUCCUGUACUUGACCAAAUUACAGCUCUGCACAAGCGAGUGGGUGAGAUAGUGGAGGUCGCUGCUAUUUGUGGUGUUAAUAUAGUCUGCUUACAAGAAGCCUGGACAAUGCCUUUUGCCUUCUGCACCAGAGAGAGGGUACCGUGGACAGAGUUUGCAGAGUCUGCAGAAGAUGGCUUCACCACUCACUUCUGCCAAGAGUUGGCAAAAAAAUACAACAUGGUGGUAGUGUCUCCCAUUCUGGAGAGGGAUGAGAUCCAUGGAGGAACACUGUGGAACACAGCAGUUGUUGUCUCAAAUACUGGGACUGUCCUGGGAAAAAGCCGGAAAAAUCAUAUUCCACGUGUGGGAGACUUCAAUGAGUCUACAUACUAUAUGGAGGGCAACACUGGCCACCGAGUCUUUCAGACACAGUUUGGAAAGAUAGCUGUGAAUAUCUGUUAUGGCCGCCACCACCCACUUAACUGGCUCAUGUACAGCAUGCAUGGAGCUGAGAUUAUCUUCAACCCCUCAGCUACAGUGGGACCUCUCAGUGAACCUAUGUGGUCAAUUGAAGCUAGAAAUGCUGCCAUUGCCAACCACUGCUUUACUUGUGCCAUCAACAGAGUGGGCAUGGAGUAUUUCAAGAAUGAAUUCACAUCUGGAGAUGGGAAGAAAGCACAUCAUGACCUUGGUCACUUUUAUGGCUCCAGCUAUGUGGCUGCACCUGAUGGCAGUCGCUCACCAGGUCUAUCCCGAAUCAAAGAUGGGUUACUGGUAGCAGAACUAGACUUGAACCUGAACCAACAAAUUGCAGACAUGUGGAAUUUUAAGAUGACAGGGAGAUAUGACUUGUAUGCUGAGGAGCUCACAAAGGCUGUCCAGCAUGCCUUCAGGCCCAAUAUUGUCAAGGAAUAAAUCUUUCUACUUUCUUCCAUUGGAAACAAAGCUUUUCCUUUUUAUGCCUAAAUUUAGUGGAGGAUUAUUUUAGUUUAGUCAGAAUAAUAUAUUUUUUGUGCUUUCACUGGUUAUGCCAUUGUCAGCUCCCAAAGAAAAUAACUAAACAAA